GCACGCUCUGUUCUGGCCCGACCCAGCGCAGAAGCGAAAAAAGCUUCGAUCCCACCCCGCGCGGGCUGCCGCCGCCGCCGAUUCGUCGCCGGCGGUAUCGUCCGCCUACCUCAACCGAAGCCCCCCGCCCCCCUCCUCCAGGCCGCUACACAACGACGCUCCUGAUCUCCUCCCGAAACCGUAGUCGCGGGAGCUGAAGCUGAGGCGGAAACCCUAGCCGCGGCGAUGGCGGGGGAGCUGGGGCAGCAGACGGUGGAGCUGGGCUCCGUGGUUCGGCGGGCGGCGGAGGAGUCGUACCUGGCGUUGCGGGAGCUAGUGGAGAAGUCGCAGGCGGAGUCCGAGGGGAAGGGCGCCUAUGGCGGUGGGCGGCAGCGGUCCGACUCUGAGAAGAAGAUCGACCUCCUCAAAUUCAUCGCCCGCACCCGCCAGCGCAUGCUCCGCCUCCAUGUCCUCGCCAAGUGGUGCCAGCAGGUUCCUUUGGUUCAGUACUGUCAGCAACUUGGAUCGACUCUUUCCAGCCAUGAAACAUGCUUCACCCAAACAGCUGACUCACUGUUCUUUAUGCAUGAGGGGUUACAACAAGCACGAGCUCCUACAUUUGAUGUUCCUUCUGCUUUAGAGAUUAUGCUUACAGGCAAUUAUCAGAGGUUGCCAAGAUGUAUAGAAGACAUAGGGAGACAGAAUAAACUGUCCCCAGCUGAAGAAAAACAUGCUUUGCAGAAGUUGGACACCAGUGUGCGCUACAAACUACUUGUGACUCCAAGACCCAAAGAAGUAUCUAAGGUUUCAGUAACAGAUGGAAUAGCUGUUUUUCAUAUUGAUGGAGAAUUUAAAGUUCUUCUUACAUUAGGUUACCGUGGUAACCUAGAUUUAUGGAGGAUAUUGCACAUGGAGUUGCUUGUUGGUGAGAAAAGCGGCCCUAUUAAGCUGGAAGAAAGAAAGAGAUUUACUCUUGGUGAUGAUAUAGAAAGAAGAAUGGCUGUUUCGGAGAAUCCCUUCUCUGUGCUGUAUGCUAUACUUCAUGAGUUCAGCAUUCAACUUGCUAUGAUUACUGUUAUUAGGCAGGCUUGCCUUCUUCGUCAGGGAAGGUGGAAAGAAGCAAUAAGAUGUGAACUUACCACAGACAGCACCUCUGGACAAAUCGGAAAUGCCGCUCUGAUGCAGCUUGCUCUAGACGGGGAAUUGGAUUUAAGUGGUUCUGUACUGAAAUUGAAUUACUGGUUAGAUGAAAAAAGUAGUGUCCCAGCAGAAUCCGAUUUAUCCCCGUUUAUCAAAAUUGAGGCAGGGAAAGGGCAAGACAUGCAGAUAAAAUGUCAGCAUAGUUCAUUUAUACUUGAUCCUUUGACAGAUAAAGAAGCUACUCUUUCUCUUGAUCUGUGCUGCAUUGAUGUUGAGAAAGUGAUUUUAAAAGCAAUUGCUUGCAAUAGGCACACACGUCUUCUUGAUAUUCAGAGACAACUGUGCAAAAAUGUGCAAAUUUCCCAGUCACCCGAAGAUGUUAUCCUGAAACGAGAUGUAAACUUAGCGAAGGCACCACAUAAGAAAGUAGAGAAAACAGGCCUUGCGGAAUUUUGUGGAAAUGAAGUGCUUCAAGUGAGGGCAUAUGGGCAAGCAUAUAUUGGUCUUGGAGUAAACAUCAGGAGUGGUCGUUUCCUCCUACAAUCACCAAAAAAUAUCUUACCCCCUACCGCACUGCUGGAUUGGGAAGAAGCUCUAAAUAAAGGCAGUACCACAGCGACUGAGGUUUUCUCAAGCUUAAGGACAAGGAGCAUCCUCCAUCUACUUGCAGCUAAUGGAAGUUUUUUUGGCCUUAAGGUUUAUGAGCAGUCUCAGGGUACUAUAAAGAUUCCAAAGGCCAUAUUACACGGUUCAGAUUUCAUGGUCAUGGGAUUUCCUCAAUGCGCAAAUGCUUAUUAUCUUUUGAUGCAACUUGAUAAGGACUUCAGGCCUGUUUUUCAUCUUCUUGAGACACAGUCUGAUGCAAGUAAUAAGGUUAACGCAAAUGUUGAUGCUAAAGAAGCCUCAAGGGUAAAUAAGAUUGAUGUUGGGCAGAUGCAAACAAUUAAGUAUGAAAAAGAUACAAAUCUAUUUGAUGCGAAGCUGCACACCCUACAAAGUAUAGAGAACUGUGAUGACAUUAUGGACAAUGGACUUCCUAUUCAGGAUAGGGUUGAUCCUCUUCUGCUGCUGCCUGCUUGUUCACCAUCUUUUUCGUCUAUUGUUGACGAGAUAUUCGAAUGUGAACAUGGUUCUAGUUUGCCUUCUGCUUCUCCAUUGGGCUCUCUUUCACUUGGUCUUCAAGGAGAAAGCACCAGAGCUAUUUCACCGAUGCAGGAUGGAGCCCUAUUGCAUUCCCAAGCUAAUAAUUCCUCAAUAGUUCAUCCUGGUGCCAGUUUGAACAGCUAUUUCCCUACUAGUUUGAGACAUUUGCAGAGUACAAACGCCUUUUCCCCUUCUAACCCUGUAAGAAAUUCAUCUGCUACCAAAUCAUCAAACUCUAAAUCCAAUCAUGACUUGAGCUCAUUGAGCUCUCCAAGUGAGCACGGUAUUGCAGAUGGAAAUAAACCACUUCCGCUCGUCCCUUCAAGCAAGGUUAACAGUAGUCAAAACCCUCCUCAAAGCUCAUAUUCAGGCUGUCUCGAAAAUUCGUUGCCUGCUCAUUUGACUCGGUCUUCACCUACUAUUGAAGGAUUAGGGAAGGUCAUCACCGUUGGCUCUAACUGUGCACCUCGAAAGCGCUCUCUUUCAGAUCUCCUUCCAGAACUCCCUUCACUGCAAGGACUGACAUCCAGUCUGCCAGUUAAGAGAAGAAGAAUAUCAGAAUCAGCGAACAGUUCCCUUCCUUUGCAGGCAUACUCUUCUAGUUUGCAAUCAGGAACCAACCUCGCCCAUGGAAAUAUUCUUGCUGAAAGAAAUGAUUGUGUUCCAGCAACUGUAUAUGCUUCAGUGCUACUGCAUGUCAUAAGGCACUGUUCACUAUGCAUCAAGCAUGCUCAACUGACUGCCCAGAUGGAUUCUCUUGCUAUUCCAUAUGUUGAAGAAGUGGGCAUGCGGUCACCAUCUUCAAAUCUUUGGUUAAGGUUACCUUUCGCUCAAGAUGAUUCUUGGAAGCACAUAUGCUUACGCCUUGGUAAGGCUGGAAGCAUGUCAUGGGACGUUAGGAUAAACGAUCCCCAUUUCAGGGAACUUUGGGAGCUCAAUGGAGGAAGCACCACGACACCAUGGGGUGUUGGUAUACGCAUAGCGAACACGUCUGAGAUGGAUUCACAUAUCUCUUUUGAUGCAGACGGUGUUGCUUUAACUUAUAGCACUGUUGAGACAGAUAGUAUUCAGAAGCUUGAUUCAGAUUUACGGCGGCUUGCUAAUGCACGUGUAUUUGCUCGUGGAAUGAGGAGAUUGAUUGGUGUGAAACUCGAUGAUAAGCUAGAUGACAAUCAGAUAUCCAUGGGGACAAAAUUACAGUCUGUUAAUAAAGGCCAUAGUGAUGCUGCUGACAGGCUAUCUGAACAAAUGGGAAAACCAUUCAGGAUUGAAGCUGUUGGUCUAAUGAGCUUUUGGUUCAGUUAUGGCCAUAUGCCAAUGGUUCACUUUGUUGUUGAAUGGGAAACCGCUAAGAAAGGUUGCACGAUGCAUGUUUCUCCUGACCAGCUUUGGCCACACACCAAGUUUUUGGAGGAUUUCGUGAAUGGUGGUGAGGUAGCUUCAUUCUUGGAUUGUAUUCGGCUAACAGCAGGACCUUUACUUGCUCUCGGGGGUGCAAUUCGCCCAGCACGGAUGCCUGUGACGGUUUCGUCUGGAUACAGCUCAAUGCCAAAGCAAACUAAUCAUGUCCAAUCGCAGGGGCCACUAACAAAUGGUUCAUCUGCAACAACUAUGCAUCAUGCGUCUGCCCCAUCAAAUGCUGCUGCCAAUUUGGGUGGUCAAAAUCUUCACACUGCUGCCAUGCUCUCCGCUGCUGGACGGGGUGGACCUGGACUUGUUCCUAGUUCAUUACUGCCUUUUGAUGUAUCCGUCGUGCUUCGUGGGCCAUACUGGAUACGCAUUAUAUAUCGCAAGAAGUUUUCUGUUGACAUGCGUUGCUUUGCUGGGGAUCAGGUUUGGCUACAGCCGGCAACCCCUCCUAAGGGUGGGCCCUCAGUUGGUGGAUCGUUGCCAUGCCCACAGUUUAGACCUUUCAUAAUGGAGCAUGUUGCUCAGGGUCUAAAUGCUCUUGAACCUGCUUUCAUGAAUGCUACACAGCCUGGUCAACACUUCAAUACCAGUGCUGGAGCUUCACAAUCUGCUUCUGCUCUGAAUCGUUUGAACGUCACUCCUGGAGUUGUUAUGUCCAGGCCAACUUCUGGUGUUGCUAACCAUGUAGCAGCUAGUUUGAGUCGAGCAGGAAAUGCCAUGUUAUCUUCUUCAGGACUUGCUUCAGGGAUUGGUGGACCCUCUGUGCGACUAACACCUGGAACUGGCCUUCCUGUUCAUAUGAAAGGAGAGCUGAACACAGCCUUCAUUGGGCUUGGGGAUGAUGGUGGCUACGGUGGUGGUUGGGUUCCGUUGGCAGCUCUGAAGAAGGUAUUAAGAGGAAUUCUUAAGUACCUUGGAGUUCUAUGGUUGUUUGCCCAGUUGCCUGAACUUCUGAAAGAGAUACUGGGGUCAAUUUUGAAGGACAAUGAAGGUGCUCUUUUGAAUUUGGAUCAAGAGCAGCCUGCACUGCGGUUCUAUGUUGGAGGUUAUGUAUUUGCAGUUAGUGUCCAUCGUGUUCAACUGCUUCUACAAGUUCUGAGUGUUAAGCGAUUUCACCACCAGCAACAGCAACAGCAAGCUCAGAGCAAUGCUCAGGAAGAGCUAACAGCAGCCGAGAUCAACGAGAUAUGUGAUUAUUUCAGCAGGCGUGUUGCCUCUGAACCAUAUGAUGCUUCAAGAGUUGCUUCUUUUAUCACUUUGCUUACAUUACCGAUAUCGGUGCUGCGUGAAUUUUUGAAGCUGAUUACUUGGAAAAAAGGGUUUUCCCAGGCUCACGGUGACAUUGCUACUGCUCAGAGGGCUCGCAUUGAGCUUUGUUUGGAAAAUCACUCAGGAUCAGCUUCAGAUGGUAACACAGAAAGCUCUUUAGCUAAGAGCAAUAUUCAUCAUGAUAGAGCCCACAGUUCAGUAGAGUUUGCUCUCACGUUUGUACUUGACCAUGCUCUCAUUCCUCACAUGAACGUAGCUGGCGGAGCCGCCUGGCUUCCUUAUUGUGUAUCCGUGAGACUGAGGUAUUCUUUUGGAGAAAGUAGCCACAUAUCAUUCCUUGUAAUAAAUGGCAGCCAUGGUGGGAGAGCUUGCUGGUUGCAGCAUGAAGAUUGGGAAAGAUGUAAACAGAAGGUGGCGAGGGCAGUAGAGACAGUAAAUGGGGCUGCUGUUGCAGGAGAACCUGGCCAGGGAAGGUUGCGAAUGGUUGCUGAGAUGAUACAAAAGCAACUCCAACAUUGUCUACAGCAGCUGAGAGACGGACCACUUUCAGCUGGCUCAAUUGCUUCAUGAGAUAACAGUUGGUACAUUAGAGCCAGGUUAGAUAAUUUUGUUGUAAUAGGUCUGUGUUGGCAUAUCACAUUCAUCGCUGCAAAGAGGAAAAGGAAAGAAAUGCAAACCUGACUAUUUGGCACUUA